GUUACCUAGCGGUGUUGUUGAGCUCCAGUUGUUGUAAAGACAGACGACUUAUGUGUGCAGUCAGUGUUUUAGUGAGUUGAUUCGUGUAAUAAUAAAAAUAGUUAAUAAAAAAUAAUUUCUUGCUACUUUUCACUGUUUGCAAAUACGUUAUAAAAAAAAUUCCAAAAAAUAAAUUUUAAAAGUAUGUGUACGUUUUUCACAAAAAGUGUUAAAUAUCAAUAAAUAGUGUUUUAAAAUAAAUGUAUUUUAAGUGUUAUAUGAAAUUAUGUGCGGUUUUUUAAACACGUGAAUACGUCAUGUUUCGUUGUAUACCUAUAUUCAAAGGCUGUAAUCGACAAGUAGAAUAUGUUGACAAGCGUCAUUGUUCACUACCCACAGUUCCUGAAGAUAUUCUACGUUAUUCAAGGAGUUUAGAGGAAUUACUACUUGAUGCAAAUCAUAUACGUGAACUUCCAAAGAAUUUCUUCCGUUUAUACCGUUUAAGAAAGUUAGGUUUAAGUGAUAAUGAAAUCCAUCGUUUACCACCAGAUAUACAAAAUUUCGAGAAUCUUGUCGAACUCGAUGUCUCCAGAAAUGACAUUCCGGAUAUACCAGAGAACAUCAAAAAUCUUCAAUUAUUACAAGUUGCAGAUUUCAGUAGUAAUCCCAUACCACGUCUUCCACCGGGAUUUGUACAACUUAAAAACCUUACUGUGCUCGGGCUUAACGAUAUGUCCCUUACCAGUUUACCGAGUGAUUUCGGAAGUUUAUCAUCACUGCAAUCACUGGAGCUGAGAGAAAAUUUAUUAAAAGUAUUACCGGAAUCAUUAUCACAAUUAUCUAACUUGGAACGAUUAGAUCUUGGUGACAAUGAAAUCGAAGUACUGCCAAAUCACAUAGGAAAUUUACCAUCAUUGUUAGAAUUAUGGUUAGAUCAUAAUCAAUUACAACAUUUACCUGGUGAAAUUGGUAACUUGAAGAAGUUAACAUGUUUAGAUAUAUCUGAAAAUCGUUUAGAAGAUUUACCAGAGGAAAUUGGUGGUUUAAUAAAUUUAACUGAUUUGCAUUUAUCACAAAAUGUUAUUGAAUCAUUACCAGAUGGCCUCGGUGACUUAAAAAAGCUCACAAUACUUAAAGUGGACCAAAAUAGAUUAACAAUGCUCAAUCCUAAUAUUGGAAAGUGUGAAAAUCUUCAAGAAUUAAUAUUAACAGAAAAUUUUUUACUUGAAUUACCAUUAUCAAUUGGUAAUUUAACAAAAUUAACAAAUUUAAAUGUUGAUCGAAAUAGUUUACAAUCAUUACCAGAAGAAGUUGGUAAUUUAUCACAUUUAGGUGUAUUAUCAUUACGUGAUAAUAAAUUACGUUAUUUACCAUCAGAAGUUGGUAAUUGUACAAAUUUACAUGUAUUAGAUGUAUCUGGUAAUCGUUUACAAUAUUUACCAUAUACAUUAGUUAAUUUAAAUUUAAAAGCGGUUUGGUUGUCUGAGAAUCAAGCACAACCAAUGCUUACAUUUCAAACGGAUACUGACGAAGAAUCUGGUAAACAAGUAUUAACAUGCUUUCUAUUACCACAACUUGAAUAUAAUCCAGAUAAUCCACUUGAUAAUACAACAAAUAUGCGUGGUCAUACAUUGGGUGGUAUAAAUGGUGCGGACGAGGAUGACGACGAUGAUGGUUGGGAAGAACGUGAAGCAUCCAGAACACAUUCUGUUAAAUUCACCGAUGAUUUAGAUCAAAAUGGCAAGGAGACACCAUUUGUACGACAAAAUACACCACAUCCAAAAGAAUUAAAAGCGAAAGCACAUAAAUUAUUUAAUAAAGGCAGUAAACAAGCAUCGACUGACGAUUCAGAUUUGGAUAAAUCAAAUGUGACUGUUGGUGAUGGAACUGGUGGCGGUGAUGUGACAAUGUCUGAUACAACAAUAGAAUUAGCAAAUAAUAUUGGUGAAAAUAAAUUAGAAGUGGUGCCAAAUAAAAUCACAACAAUUAAACAAACAAAUAAUAUAGCAGGAAAUCCUGUAACAACAAUUACUACGACGACAACAUUAAUUACAAAUGUAAAUGGUAACGGUUAUGAUAGCACUGACGUGAAUGAACAUUCCCAACCAGAGAGUAAUGACCACGAUGAAGAUAAAUCUGAAAUUGAAUCCGAUAAUCCCGAAAACGAGGAUGGGUCGCGUCGUCAUGUUGGAUUUAAAAUGUCCGGAUCAUCAGGGGCCGCAGCGGAAGGUGCUGCUGCUGCUGCAGAUGCUCAUGCCGAUGAAAAUACACGGCCAAACAGAUUACAUCGACGCGAUACACCACAUCAUCUAAAGAAUAAACGAAUCAAUCCAGCACAAUUGGAUAAAGAUAAAGUUGCUUCAAUUAUUGCACAGGCAAUUAAAAAGAAAGAUGAAGAAAGUGAUACACGAACAACAUCAUUGUCCACCCCACCUGGUUCCAUGCAUAGCCAAGGUGACAUUGAACCAACAAUAGAAUUAAGAGAAGAAAAAUAUGAAAUACAUAUAGCUCGAACACAAUCAGGUCUUGGGCUCUCUAUAGCUGGGGGUCAUGGCUCGACACCGUUUAAAGGUGACGAUGAGGGUAUAUUCAUAUCCCGGGUGACAGAAGGUGGUCCUGCUGAUUUAGCAGGACUUAAGGUGGGCGAUAAGGUGCUCUCUGUAAAUGGUAUCUCCGUAGUUGAUGUUGAUCAUUAUGAUGCUGUUGAGGUGCUAAAAGCUUCUGGAGAUACGCUUGUGCUAGUCAUUAGUAGAGAAGUGACACGAUUAGUUCCUGUUAUAAAUAAUUCACGUGACACAUCUGCAUCACCAACAAAUUAUCAACGACCAGAUUCAGCAUGUUCAAGUUUAGGACCCAGUCGUGCGGCUAGUGCUACUUCACAUGCAUCGGUGCUUACAUCUGGUUUUGAAAGUUCAGGAAAUGAUCGUUUACCGCCAACAACCGCUACGAUAGUCAAUCAAAAAAAUAUUCCAGAACCAUUACCGCCAAUUAAUAAUUUAAUACCACAAAAAGUGAUGAUACACACGACGCUGAUUCGAGAUCAACAUGGUUUAGGAUUCAGUAUAGCGGGUGGAAAAGGUUCACCACCAUUUAAAGAUAAUUCAGACGCCAUAUUUAUAUCACGAAUUACAGAGGGAGGUGUUGCACAUAAGGAUGGAAAACUGCAAGUUGGCGAUAAAGUUAAAAGUAUUAACGGAGUUGAUAUGACAGAUGCGCAACAUCAGCAAGCCGUGUCAUUAUUAACAAGUUUAGAACGGUUUGUUCGAUUAGUUGUUGAACGUGAGAUACUAUUACCUCCUGAAGGGAUUCCUGGAAGCUUUACUACUCCUUCACCCAGUCCUGGACCUGAAAAAAGUCCUCGUGUAUUUGGUCUCCCAAAACCAUAUUCUGGAUUAUAUUCAGCAAAUAGUUAUAUGGCAAAUCGUCCAAAUUAUCGCCGUUCCAUCGGUGAAACCUCCCCUGGUGUAACUGUUAAAUUACAAGGAUCUCGUGCUGGAAGCCAAGAAAAUAUAUUAAAAACAACAGAAAUACCAAAAACAAAUGGAAUAGGAAAUCAUGUAGAUAGGAAAGUACAGGGAAAUACAACAGCAACACCAACCGGUUUAGCAAAUGCACCAAAGCCAGCACCUAGACGAAUCUCGAACACAUCAUCUACGGAGCCUACCGGCGGAGCACAACAACAGACAACAGAAAAAAAUGCCCAUACAAAAUCUUCUCUCUCUGAUGAUGAUGCUCAGGUAUUACCGAAGCCUAUAACAAAUGAAGAAUUCCAAGCCAUGAUUCCCGCCCAUUUCCUGAAACCCCCAAAUAGUAAUACCUCGACAUCCACAUCUACAACGAAUGGUGAGUCAGGUGCAGCCACAGUGACGGUAACGAUAAAACAACCUGAACCACCUGGUGGGAUUCAAUUCCCGCCGCCACCUACCGGUAUCGGCAAAGUAACAGAAACUAUUACCAAGAGUACCUUCACGGAGACAGUUGUAACUCGUGUCACGGAUAAUCAAAUUGCUCUGCCACUAAUUAUUGAGGAAGUUAUACUCUUAAAAGAAGGGGGAUCAUUAGGAUUCAGUAUUAUUGGUGGAACGGACCAUUCAUGUACACCAUUUGGUAAUAAGGAACCUGGAAUAUUUAUUUCACACAUUGUACCUGGUGGUAUUGCGGCAAGUUCGGGUAAAUUACGUAUGGGUGAUCGUAUUCUUAAGGUAAAUGGUACAGAUGUAACGCAUGCAACACAUCAAGAAGCUGUGAUGGAAUUAUUACGACCUGGUGAUGAAAUUCGAUUAACCAUUCGACACGAUCCUCUUCCUGAAGGUUUCCAGGAACUAACCAUCGUAAAAGAAGAAGGGGAAAAACUAGGUAUGCACAUAAAAGGUGGACUAAGAGGACAAAGAGGAAAUCCACUUGAUAAAGCUGAUGAAGGUGUUUUUGUAUCAAAAAUAAAUUCUGGUGGAGCUGCACGAAGAGAUGGUAGAUUAAAAGUUGGUAUGCGAUUAUUAGAAGUUAAUGGACGAUCAUUACUCGGUGCAACACAUCAGGAAGCUGUGAAUGCAUUACGAGGAUGUGGUAAUGUAAUCCAUUUGGCGGUCUGUAAAGGUUACGAUCGUGCUGAAGUUGAAAAAGCUAUACUCGAAGGACGAUUAGUACGUGAACCACGUACAUCAUCAGGUACAACACCCCGUAGCUCUUUAUCACAUUCAGUAUCAAGUUUAGAUCGUGAAGAUGAAGAUACGCAAGUAAUUAAACAAGAACAACAAAUGAAACAAGAGUUAGUUGAAUGGGAGAAGGAGGAGGAAGAAAAACGAAUACGCGAACGAAUCGAACAUACCGAUGAAGAGUUAUCAUUAGUUGAAGCACGGCCAAAAUCAACACCUGAAAAGGUAUUAGAAGUAGUUCGUGCUGCUGAAUUAUUAGCAAAUAUAAAUAAACCGUCCAGUCCAACAGAAUUUGCGGUACCACCAAAAUCACCUGGUGGUCCCAACAAUCCUGAAUUGAAAACCACAACAGUUGUUAUGAGCAAACAUACGCUGGCCACGCAAAACAAUAAUACACUUCCAAGUACUAAAACAACUGAACCCCUGGUUGUGGAGCAUGAAAUUACCACAGUACCGCCACGACGAAGUGCAACUACAACAAGAACAACGUCACGACAAAUUGAAUUACCUACUCCCCAGCAUGCAACUCCUGUAAAUCCAAUUCCAAAUCCUAUUAACAAUAACAAUAAUAUUAAUAAUAACAAUACUAAUGAACAUAUUUAUGAAAAUGUUAAACCACCGCCCAAAAAAACUGAAAGUAUCGAAUGUCAAACGGAUGAAAAUUUAAAUAUUACCCAACAAUGUCAGACAACUGAUAGUUUAAUAAGUUCGCCAAUUCAUUUAGAAAUACCAACCAAUAAUAAACUAAAAGAUAUGGCGACGAAUACGUCUAAUGAAAAUUUAUACUUAGAAUCAGUAACACCGCAAGUUCAUGAAUCGAUAAAAAAAAUAAUUGAAAAAGAAAUUAUAUCUAAUGUUUCCAUGUAUGAAACAUCACCUCGGCGUGAUCAUGCAACGAAAACUGAAACAUCUGAUAGCGAAUUUUCAUAUAAAUUCGAAAAAGAAUAUUUCCAAAGUAAAGAAGACGAUACGGAUUAUAAUCUCAAUUACGAUCCCGAUAAAUAUGGUACAAAAUCAACAUCCGGUUAUGGAAGUGAAUCACAAACUUCAAGUAUAAAUCGUAACAGUUUAAAAUCAGCCAGGGAGGAAUAUUUUAAAACACCAGAUCAUCUUAAACCAAUUGUAAAAUAUUCUGAUGAUAAGAAAAAUAGUCCUGUACAUCGUACAGUUUCAUUUUCACCAUUACCAACAUUACAAAGACAAAGUACUCUAAAACCUGAUUAUUUACAUCAUGCACGACCGGUUUCUGUGAAUGCAGUAAUGGAAUCAUCACAAAAAAUUGACGAAAAACCUACAUUAAAAACCGUUUCAUAUUCCGUUUUACCAAGCCCAAGUAAAGCUAAAGAUAUUGUUUAUCAUUAUCCAGAAAUUGAGUAUAUUUCUGAUAACGAAGAACCACCUGUUGAAUCUUUCGAGCCAGAAUUUUCAAGGCGUGAGGAUAAAAAUCUUUUUGAAAAGAUAUCACAAUCAUCCAGAAAUCUAUCAUCAACAAAGAAAUUUGAAGAAUCGAAAAAAUAUAAUUCCGAUGAUCAAUUAACAAAAAAAUAUUUAGAAAAAAAUCCAACUUUUCAUCGAACAUAUGAUAAAAUUGAAAUAAUUAAUGUGACUCCCGAAUUUACAGAACAUGAAGUAUUUAGCUCGAAAUCUGCGUCGAAUAAUAUUGAUUCGGAAACAGUAAUUGAAAGUUUUCAUACUAAAUACGAUAAAUCGGAUAAAAUCGAUGAAAAAUUGUUAAGUGAUGACGAUGAUCUAAAUGUAAUUCCACCACCAAUAAAUUUUGCUACAUUACCAUCACGAUCCUCGCUGCAUGAAGAUAAUAUAAAAUUCCCAACAAAUCCUUCUAGUAGUAACAAAUUUACUAGAUUUCACGAGGAAACGACAACAACUGAAACUCGAAAAAUGCAUGAUAAAUCGAAAAUUACAUACUUAGAAAAAUUUUCGAAAUCUACACCAUCAUUAGUGCAUGAAAAUAUAUUCUUGUCGAAAGAAAAGUAUAUAGAUAAUAGUAAAAUUGAUUUGAGCAUGACAACAUCUACCAUCUCCACAAGUACCAAUACCUCUACCACUAAAAGUACAACCCCUACACCAUCAAAGUCAUCAUCCUCGUCUUUGUUUACACCUAAACCUUUUUACACUAGCAUGCAUGAUGUUGCUACUUCUUCUACUUCACUAACUGGACAAAAAACUAACAUUCAUAAAAAGUCACCCACAACUCCAAAUAAUAAUGCACCAGUAAAAAUGUCGGUCAGUGAUAAAAAGAAAUUUUUUGAACAUGCUAUGGAAGAAAGUCAUAAACCUUCACCAAAACCAGAUAAAGUGUUCAGUUUCCUGAGCCAGGAUGAGGUGGAGCGUAUGAAAGCAGAAGAGGAACAAAAAAUCGCUUCGUUAUCGCGUGCAGAAAUCAAAUCUUGGGCAGCCUUAGAUGAAAAUGACGAUGAUGAAGAUUUUGAUACAAAGUCUCGAUCCUCUGUGGGUAGUGGAAUCCCAAAUAUUGUUCGGACAGCAAAAGCUGAACGUAGAUUAAAAGAACGUUUACGUGAAGAAGGUUUAUUGUCUGAAGAAGAUGAGGAAACAACACUAACACCGGCCGAAGUUCGUGCAUUACGUGCUGAAAAAAGAGCAGCCUGGAGACAAGCACGUUUAAAAUCUUUAGAACAGGACGCAAUUCAAGCGCAAAUGGUAAUUAAAACAAUGAGUGAUAUGGUUGGUGCAAGUAGUGGAGGUCCACCACCAGCAGGUGACGCAACUGUUGCCGUGGAAACAAUCACUGAACAUGAUUCGAGCGGCAAAGAAUUACGAGACAAUUCAUUGAGACCAUCUAGUGCUGAUUUUCCGAAGUUGGCGGUGCGUAGUAAACCCGGCUCGACAAAAGUACGAGAAAUUGAAAAAGUUGUUGAUGAAAAAGUGACCAGAAAAACUGAAGAGUACAUCGAUGAGAUUACGGGUGAACGUAAAGUACGCACCGUCGAAUAUGUGGAAAAAUUAAUUGAGAAAGAGGUGGAAACAUUACAGGAAAAAAUUAUAUCAUUAGAAUUAACAAGCUCUUUAACGCCGUCAGAUAAUAAUGAUACUAUUAACAAUAAUAAUAACGAAAUUAUAACUGACGAUAUUGAAAUUAUACAAAAUUCAACAACAAUUAAUGACGUAAUUAUACAAAAUGGUGGCGUUAUUGUUGAUGGUAAUAAUGGUAGUACUGUAAAUGAUGGCAACACAUCUGAAAAUUUAUUAGAAGAAGAACCUGAGGAAGAUGACGAAACCAACAACACAAACACAUUAAAUAAUCAAAAUAACACAACAACUACAAAUAAAAAGAAAAAACGUAAACGUUCGAAAAAAGGAAAAUCACAACAAAAUGUUGCAUCACCACCAUCAACUCCGCAUUAAAAAAAAAACGAGUGAAAAUUUUCGUAUAGAAUUAUAAUUUUUAUACAUAUUAUUUAUUUUUCUGUCAAAAUUUGAAAAAUUUUUAACGUUUUACGACAAGCAUAUUUUUUCUCUAUUGGAAAAAAAAUGCGCAAUAUUUUUUUAAAUUAUUUUUUAAUAUUUAAGUCACAGUAUUUGUAAACAAGAAAAUUAUUUAAAAAAUAAAAGAAAAAAAACUCUCUAGAAUAGUUUAUAAGCUCUGGUUAAAAGAAAAAUUAUCGAAUACAAAAAUAAUUAAUA